AAAGAAUUCUUUCAUCUUUAUUGAACAAUCAUACAUCAUCAUCAUCAACAACGACGAUCUGAUCGAUUUAUUUUAUUUGAACAGAGCGAAAAGUGGGAAAAAACAAAUAUGAAAAAAUCGGGCUUUUUUCGCGGUGUAUUCGAUGGUAUACGUUCGACUGUUGGUCAACCAUCAUCAUCAUCAUCAUCAUUAUCGGGUGCAAAAGCAUUUCUGGAAUCUGAAACAGAAGAAGUGCUGAAACCAUCACAUUUUAAGAUCAAUACGAUUGUUCAGCAUGGUUUUCCAUAUCAACCUACAUCGAUUGCAUUCGAUCCAAUACAACGUUUGAUUGCAAUUGGAUCGAAAAAUGGUUCACUUCGAAUUCUGGGACGUCCCGGAGUCGACAUCAGUCUUCGUCAUGUAACCGAAUUUGCCGUAUUGCAAAUCAUUUUCAUUAUUAAUGAGGGCCAAUUAAUAACCGUUUGUGCCGAUGAUAGUAUACAUCUUUGGAAUCUUCGUAAUAAAUCGCCCGAAAUUGUUCAUUCACUUAAAUUUCAAAAAGAAAGGAUUUCUUAUUGUUAUCUACCAUUUCAAAGUAAAUGGAUGUAUAUUGGUACGGAACGUGGCAAUGUUUAUGUGGUUAAUAUUGAUACAUUUGCAAUGUCUGGUCAUGUUAUUAAUUGGAAUAAAGCGAUCGAAAUAUCUCGUAAAACACAUCCCGGUUCAAUCAUUCAUCUAAGUGAUUGUCCAAUUGAUUCGAAUAAACUUCUAAUCGGAUAUGAUUCCGGUAUUAUUGUUUUAUGGGAUUUACGUAAUAAAAGUGCCGAUUUUCGUCAUAGCUAUCCGGAAGGAAUAUUAUCUAUUUCAUGGCAUAGUGAAGGUCGACAAUUUAUUUGUAGCCAUGCUGAUGGUAGUUUAAGUACAUGGAAUCUAAAAGCAGGUUCCAGACCACAAUCAUCAAUCUAUCCACUUGCCAAAUCAGGUGAUCCAAAAUCCGAACUAUAUUCAAAAAUACCAAAAGUUGAAUGGCGAACAUCACGUACUGGUGAUGCUUAUAUUAUGUUUUCGGGUGGUCUUGUUGUUGGAAAUGGUGGUGAAGGUGCCAAUUCAAAACGUGUAUUGACUGUCAUUCAUGGAAAAUCACCAACAAUGUUAGAAAUGGAACAUGAUAUUAUUGAUUUUAUAACCUUGUGUGAAUCGCCUUAUGAAGCUGAUUUUAAUGAUCCAUAUGCUAUAGUUGUAUUACUUAGCAAUGAUCUAGUGGUAGUUAAUCUUCAACAACCCGGUUACCCUUGUUAUACAAAUCCAUAUCCAAUGGAUUUACAUGAAUCACCGGUUACCUAUUGUUAUUAUUUGGCAAAUUGUCCACCGGAUCUUAUACAUGCAUUUUAUACUGUUGGACAAAAAUCAAAUAAACGUAGUGGUAUGUUAGAACGUGAUUGGCCAAUAAAUGGUGGUGAAUGGGGAAGUUCAACUGUAAGCUAUCCAGAGAUUAUAAUUACUGGUCAUGCUGAUGGUUCAUUGAAAUUCUGGGAUGCAUCGGCAGUAAAUUUGCAAAUAUUAUAUAAACUAAAGACAGCCAAAUUAUUUGAAAAGCCAAGACUCAUAAAUAUUAGCCAAAGUUUUAAUAAUCAAAAUAAUAAUAAUAAUAAUAAUAAUAACAAUGGUAACAACAACAAUAAUAAUAAUAAUAAUAGCAACAAUAAUAAUACGACAAAUAAUAAUGGAACGUCCGAAAUGGAAGAUUUAUUUGCCAUUGAAUUUCUAACAUUUUCGGCUGAAAAUCGUGUACUAUGUAUUGCAGGAGCUUCAUCACAAGUGAUUGUAUUUCGUUUUAGCAAACAAGAAGCUCAAUCUGAAAUAACAGUUAUUGAAGUGCCAAUGAAUUAUGAUGAAAUCGAUUCACAAUCGGAUAGCGAAAUUUUAUCUGGUGCCUCGGCAUUAUUACAUAAAGCUGAUACACAUGAUCCAUCAGCUUAUUAUCCAUUAAAAGUUCGUACAGGUCAUCAUAAAAGACUUUCAGGUUUUCAGGCCGAAAUUGUUUGUCUUAGUCCUUGGAUUGAUCGUAAAACACCUCCAUAUCGUAUUACAUCAAUGAGUUAUAAUAUGCACGCUAAUCUCUUUGCAUAUGGUACGGAAAAUAGUUUAGUCAUUAUUGAUCUUGUACAGAAAAGUAUUGUACUAAAUGUUUCUACUGCAUCACUUUAUGGCACAAGUGAUCCAUAUCAACGAACAAGACCAAAACGUUGUACAUCAGCUGGACCACAUUCAAAAGAUUCAAAUGAUCAUAAUAAUGAUGUUGAUCGUUGUCGUUCACCAAUUACUACCGAUAAUGAAUCAAUGGAAACAGUGGAAUCUUUACCAAAAAUCAUUGAUUAUAAAGAUUAUUAUUGUGAUGAAGAAAUUGAAAAAAUGAUUGAAGAGCUGUCUGGUAUGUCAUCAACAAUAUCAUUGACACAAUCUUCUUGUUCAGAUGAAGAAGAAUCAAAAUCAUCAUCAUUACUUAAACAACAAUCACAAUCAUUAGAUAUUGAAUCAUUAACAUCAUCAUCAUCGUCAUCAGCAUCAUCAACAGCCUUAUCUACAAUAACGUUAGCCAAUAAUGAUGAUGAUGAUCAUAAUAAAGAUGAUAAUAACAGAAUAAUCUCGAAUGAUGAGACAUCAUCAUUACAACAAAUAACCGAAAUGAAAACAAAAAAAUCUAUUGAUGAUAAUCAAUCGAAUGAACCGAUUGAAUCAUUGGAUGAAUCGCAAUCACCAUCAUCAUCACCACCACCAAAAGCACCACCUAGACGUAAACAUAAUAAUCAAAAUAUGAAUAAAUUUGAUACGAAAAACAUUUUGAUUAAAUCCGAUUCUGAUUGUUUAAUUAAUCAAAAUGAUAAUGAUAAUAAACAAGAUAAUGAUGAUGUUGAUGAUGAUAAAUUAUCGUUACAUUUAUCACAAUCAUUACCACAAACAUCAUCAUCAAUGUUAGUACAUUCAAUUUCAUUACCUGAACCAUCAUCAUCAUCAUCAAAUAGUGAUAAUAAUAAUAAACAAAAAAAUUAUACUGGAUGGGAUACAUUCAAAAAAUAUGGUAAACAUAAAAUUUUCGAUCUUCGUAAUGAUAAUCAUCAUGGUAGUAGUGGUGGCAGUUUUAUCUCUCUAAUCAACAAAAUUGAAGGCUUUACUAGAUCACGAAGUUCAAGCAUGUCAAGUUUGGAAAAUGUUGGCAGUGAACCGAUUCAAUUUUUGAUAUUUGCCAACACUUAUGUUCUCAAAACUGAUACUUGUCCCAGUCCAACACUUUGGGUUGGUACAAGUUGUGGAACUGUAAUUGUAAUUACAUUAACAAUGCCCGAUAGUAUGGACAAUCGUGUUCUUUGUUUACAAACUGUUCUAGCAACACCUAGUCCGACUAUAUUUCGUUUGAAAGGUUCAAUAUUAAAUAUUGGAUUUCUUGAUCUAAAUGGGUGUAGUCUACCAUUAUCUGCUGAAUCAUGGAAAGAUAAUAAUAAAAGAAAUGAAACUUCAACACCAACAAGUAUUAGCGAAUCAACUAAACGUACCGGAUCUUUAACUAUUACUCGUACAGGAAGUGGUGGAUCAUCAAGCAAUCGAAUGUCUAAAACAUCACCAACAUCAAGUACAACUGAUGUAAGAGAUUCACAUUUAGUUGUGCUUACAUCGGAAAAACAGAUUCGUUUGAUUGUGAUGCCUCAACAAAUUUGUGCUCAAAAAGCGGUUAUUACGGAAACAUCAUUUGCUGUUCGAGCUGAUCUUGUAUUUAUUAAAAAUCAAGAUGCUUAUUGUUUAGCUGUAUAUCUCGGCACCGGUAACAUUGUUGUCUAUAGUUUGCCAAGUCUUCGUAUCCUAAUUGAUCAGGAUUUUUUACCUUUAACCGAUGUUAGAAUUGCACGAACAAUACUUUUUAGUGUAAAUGGCCAUGGAAUGUAUUUGUCAUCACCGUCAGAAUUGACUAAAUUUACAAUAUUGGCAUCAUUCUGUGACAAUUUACCCGAUAUGAUUGGUUCAGUAUAUAAUGGUCCAAAAGAUUUACCCGAACCGCCCAAGCAAUCAUUUUUAAAAGGUUUUUUCGGUGGUACACCUACACCAUUAGAUCGUGAAGAAUUAUUUGGUGAAACAAAUGCCGGUAAAGCGCCCAAAACAAUGGCACGUUUAAUACCAGGUUCAGUUGAACAUACCAAAGCACAAUCCAGUGCUAUUGGUGGUGAAUUUGCCAAAUUGAAAGAGAGUCUUAACGAACGUGGUGAACGUCUUGGUAAAUUAGAAGAUAGUACAGCUCGUAUGCAAAAUGAAGCUGAAGCAUUUGGCAGUAUGGCACAUGCUGUUAUGCUCAAAUAUCGUGAUAAAAAAUGGUAUCAAUUCUAGUAAUACCUCAUAUAGUCAAACAAAAAAAAAUAUUAUUCCUUCAACGAUGAAGAAAAGAUUCCUUAUUAAACCAUAUGUGUUGUACAUGUGUAAAAAUCGAAAGAAGAAAAAAAAACAAAAAAAACUGGAUUUUUCAAAAAAAAAUGAAAAUUGUAGCGGUGUACUAGUGUUUGCGUUUAGCUCA